UUCGUUUCCACUAGAGCCAGAGGAAGAAAAAUCCAAAUAAAAUGGCGGAGGAGAAAUCGGAGGUAGAGAAGAAGCAAGGAAACAGUGGCGGAGCCGGAGUUCCGAUCGUGGAGGUGAAACCGAAGCCGAGAAAAGGACUCGCUUCAAAGUUUGUUGACUUGCUGGAAAAACUGAUUGUGAAAUUAAUGUUUGAUGCCUCUAAGCCCCUUCAUUAUCUCUCUGGUAACUUUGCUCCGGUUACCGAUGAAACUCCUCCAGUCAGAGACCUUUCUGUCAAAGGUCACCUUCCUGAUUGCUUGAAUGGCGAGUUUGUGAGGGUAGGUCCUAAUCCGAAGUUUGCACCUGUGGCUGGAUACCACUGGUUUGAUGGAGAUGGUAUGAUUCAUGGUAUGCGGAUCAAAAAUGGAAAGGCAACUUAUGUCCGUCGCUAUGUGAGGACAUCGCGAAUUCAACAAGAAGAGUUUUUCCGAGGUUCCAAAUUUAUGAAGGUAGGAGAUCUUAAGGGGCUGUUUGGACUAUUCAUGGUUAACAUGCAGAUACUGAGAGCAAAAUUGAAAGUAUUGGACAUGUCAUAUGGGAAUGGGACAGCUAAUACGGCUCUCAUUUAUCACCAUGGAAAACUUUUAGCACUGCAAGAGGCUGAUAAACCCUAUGUGGUUAAAGUUUUGGAGGAUGGGGAUCUACAAACUGUUGGCAUGUUAGAUUAUGACAAGAGACUCAAGCAUUCCUUCACUGCUCAUCCAAAGGUUGAUCCAAAUACUGGAGAAAUGUUUACAUUUGGCUAUGCACAUGAACCCCCGUACAUAACUUACAGAGUUAUUUCAAAGGAUGGCGUCAUGCAUGACCCAGUACCAAUAACCAUAUCAGACCCCAUCAUGAUGCAUGACUUUGCAAUUACUGAGAAUUAUGCAAUUUUUUUGGAUCUUCCUUUGUACUUCAGGCCAAAGGAGAUGGUGAAAGACAAGAAGCUGAUAUUCACAUUUGAUGCUACAAAAAAAGCUCGUUUUGGUGUCCUUCCUCGUUAUGCAAAGGAUGAUCAUCAAAUCAGAUGGUUUGAGCUUCCAAAUUGCUUCAUAUUCCACAAUGCCAAUGCUUGGGAGGAGGAGGAUGAAGUUGUUUUGAUCACUUGCCGCCUAGAGAAUCCAGAUCUAGACAUGGUCAGUGGGAAUGUCAAAGAAAAACUUGAGAAUUUUGCAAAUGAACUGUAUGAGAUGAGGUUCAACAUGAAAACUGGUGUGGCUUCUCAAAAGAGACUAUCAGCACCUGCUGUUGAUUUUCCCAGGGUGAAUGAGAGCUACACUGGCAGGAAGCAAAGGUACGUCUAUGGAACCAUUCUGGAUAGCAUUGCCAAGGUAACUGGGAUCAUCAAAUUUGAUCUACAUGCUGAACCCCAGCAGGGGAAAACAAAGCUUGAAGUUGGAGGAAAUAUUAAAGGCAUCUUUGAUCUGGGACCUGGUAGAUUUGGUUCAGAAGCUGUAUUUGUUCCCCGGGAGCCUGGCACCAGUUCUGAGGAAGAUGAUGGCUACUUGAUAUUCUUUACGCAUGAUGAAAACACUGGAAAAUCAUCAGUGAAUGUGAUUGAUGCAAAAACAAUGUCAAGCGACCCUGUUGCAGUCGUUGAAUUACCCCACAGGGUGCCAUACGGCUUCCACGCCUUCUUUGUGACAGAGGAACAACUUCAAGCACAGUCAACGCUGUAAUUGUUCAAAAGCCAGAGAACAUGCAACUUCUAAGGCAUCACAAAUAGCAGGACGUCUGUCAAAUAGAUAAUCCAGGAGGCAACUUCAGGUUCCUGAUAAGAGUUACUUCAUCGAUUGUACUUAAGUACGCUGAAAGGUUCAGAUAUAUAAAAACUUUGGUAUAAUUUCUCCAUCAA